CCUAUUUUUAGCCCCCUGUGGCUUGGAAGCUACUGAACUGUAUGCGAAUUGAGAGAGAGAGAGAUGGGGGAAUCAAGGUUGUCAUUGAUGGUGGUCUUCCUCUUCUUCGUCUGCUUAGUGGGUGUUUCAAAGGCGAUCGAAUCGCCACAGUACACGGCAGUUCACAAGGAAUCUGAAUUCGAGAUCAGAAUCUACAGAGACUCCGCUUGGAUGUCCGCUCAUGCUAACGAGAUCUCCUUCGAAAAGGCCACCAAAGAUGGCUUUCACAGGUUGUUCCAGUACAUCCAAGGAGCGAAUUUGAACUUCUCUCGGAUUUCAAUGACAGCACCCGUGUUAACAAGCAUUGUCCCUGGAGCCGGGCCCCUACACUCAUCCGCCUACUUUGUCAGACUAUACUUACCCGUCAAGUUCCAGUCCACUCCGCCACUUCCUCUCCCUGAACUGAACCUUAAACCCGAUUCAUGGUCCAGUCGCUGCAUUGCCGUCAGAAAGUUCUCUGGAUUCGCAAAGGAUGGUAACAUUGUGAAACAGGCCGAGAAGCUGUCGAUCAGCCUGAGCAGGUCUCCUUGGGCGGACUCAAUUUCUUCCAGAAGUGAAUAUGCUUAUUCGAUUGCACAGUACAACUCUCCCUUCAAGUUAAUUGGCCGCGUAAAUGAAGUUUGGGUGGAAUUGAAUGAAUCUGCAUUAGAUGGAUGCAAAUCUAGUGGAGUAGCAACAUACUGAAGUAUGGGUGAUUUGGUGGGUAUGGUUAUGUAAGUUUCUCAUUGUGUAUGAAGAAGCUAUAUAUAGAAUGUUACUUCAUGUUUUCAUACCUGCAUCUCAAUGUAAAUUUGUAAGUUCUCAAAUUUGAACAGUACCUUGAACAACUUCAUGUUGUUUUCUUUUUAUGUAAUGGUCUUCCACUUCUGUUCGGUUUGUACUAC